CAAGCUAGCGGGCUGGGUUGUUUCAGGCUAGUCGACAAAUAAUAACAAUGGAGGAAAGAUUAAUUGCAGCGGUAGCUGAUUAUCCUGAGUUGUACAAUUCUACUCUAAACUCGUACAAGGACGCUGAUAGAAAAGCGAAGGCAUGGAGAGCUGUGAGUUUACAAGUUGAAAUACCUGAAGAGGACUGUCGCCGGAAAUGGAAAAGUUUGCGGGAUAUGUUCAUCAAAGACAAACGGUCGGAACAGCGCAGGAGAGCAUCGGGGACCACUCACCGGAGCUGGAAGUAUAGUUGGCAGAUGUCCUUCCUCACACCAUUCAUCCAGUCCCGCUCCUCACAGCCCAGUUUGUCUGUUGAGGACCAAGAAGAUGAGAGGGAUGAAGAGGACAAGGAAGAGGAGCGAACAGUGGAUGGAAACUCUUCCUUUGUUGUCCAUGAGAUUGAAGGAGAGCACAGCAUGCUGGAUGGGUCUACGCAUUAUCCUCCAUCUGGCUCUCAAGGACCCGGUCGCAAGAGGAAAUGGCAGAUGGAAGGGCCAGAGGACUUGGAGGAUGAAAUGUUCCUCUUCAGCUUGCUCCCUUAUUUGAGGAGGCUACCAUAUGCCAAGAAGAGUGCUGUCAAAUUGAAAAUUCACCAGCUGUUGUAUGAAGCAGAAUUUCAAUAAUUUCUAUAAUAGUUCAGUAUUUUUAUAUCUUUUAUUGAUAUUUAAGUAGAAUUCGCUGCAUUUUUAUUAUGGGGAUAUUCCAUGUCAAACCUGAAGAUGAGGUUUUUGGCACCACCCAUCAUAAACCUCAAAGCCACAGGAAUGUGUAAAGGCAUCAUUUGGAUAUUUGUGAAAAAUAUUCAUUGGAAGCAAAGAAAAAUGUAAACUUGCAGCAGACAAAAGCGGCUACUUGGACUUUUAGAUAUCUACUUUCCUUAGGAAAUCCUGUCUCAGUAAUUUGUGUGACCAGACUUAGUUCUGUUGGACAGAGGAAACCAAAACAACCACCAAAUCUUUGUAGUUUUGCAAUCCAUAACAUGACAUAAUCUUGCUAGUAAAUGUUUUAUAGGCCUUAUCUUUUCAAAUUGGUAUAUACAGACAUGAUGGAUGGUUUAUGUUGAUAGCUAAGGUGGUUAUCUAUCUGCUCCUUUUAUUUUGCAUUCAGUUUCUCAUAGAAUUAAUUGAAGUUGUGAUACUAUGUUGAUUCAAGUUAUCAAAUUGUUUUAAUUAGUUAAAAAGGUAGAGAAAUAGUAAUGCCUAAAAACAGAAGUAUCUUAAUGGGAAUAAAGAACUCUGUUUUUAAACAGCCAUCUGUCAUGUUUGUAAAUUGACUACACAAGUGAAAUAUUUCAGGAAUAAAAAAUAUAUUGUGCUAUUCAGUUAAAUAUAUUUUAAGCCGUUGCAGUUGCUGCCCUGCGUUUGUCUAACACUUCUAGAAAUAAGUGUGGUCCAAGUCAGCACAUCUGUGGGAUAGUCAAAGAACAUUGUUAACACAAAAUGUUUCUGGGAUUGUUUCUGUAAUGAACAUCUUUGAACAAAAAACUGUUACAAAUGUUGCUACACUUUUCUUUGCAUUCAACAAGUGCUUUUACAGUGUCUUUGACUGUAUCUUCUAAUGUAGUGGCUCAAUGAUCUGCAGUGGGUGCUAGUGAACCACAGUGACACGGAAUGAGUCUCACAUGUAUCUAUGCUUGUCGAUGUUUGUUUCAUCAGAGGUUUAUUAAAACAAACAUGUCAAAAUGGA